UGAAGCGGGAGGAGCUGGAUCUCACCUCGGUCACUCCCGAGCGACUGACUGGCAGUGGCGCGCCGAGCGGUGCAGUGCGGAGUGGAGUGGCCUUGGGAUUGCAGAGUGUUUUUGAGAGUUCUCAAAAACGCCCUGCAAAAUGAUGAUAGCAGUGCAGCGAGUGCGCAGGUGGCCGUCGCGUGGAGUGCUCUGGGGUCACCUUGGGACUGUUCCGCGCCUCUCCCUUCCCUCUCGUACUGAGGAGGUAGUAGCGCAUCCCGCCGAGCCCGCCACCGAGGGAUGGCGGCCAGCCUCUCGCACUCGCUGGAGGGCACACGGGGGGAAACACAGGAAGGCGCACGGGCGGGCGCACAGGAGGGCGUUAAGGGGGGGAGACAGCCUGGAGGUUUAUCUCGACCCGUCGCUAGCCUUCUGCUCUCCCUCUCGUCCCGUCUGUCCCGUUCGCACCGCUCGCACCGUUCGCGCCGUUUUAAAGCGCUGGUAAUCGAGGCGGAGGUCUCAGCGGGCUGGUCCGCGUUGGAUCCGUGAAAGAAACCCCUCCAAGGCCGCCUCCAUCGCGGCUGAUACCCCCCGGCGGCGGGCGCGAUGGCGGCGUCGCGGAAGAUGCACCUGGAGAUGGAGCGCACGCUGAAGCGCGUGCAGGAGGGCAUCGACGAGUUCCAGGCCACGUGGCACAAGAUGGACGAGGCCACCGAUGCGGCGAAGAAGGAGAAGUUCGAGGGCGAGCUGAAGAAGGAGCUCAAGCGACUCCAACGCGUGCGCGACCAGAUCCGGUCGUGGCUGUCGACGAGCGAGGCGAAGGCGCACGUGGAGGAGCUGGAGGCGGCGCGGCGGCAGAUCGAGGUGGAGAUGGAGCGGUUCAAGCAGUGCGAGAAGGCCAGCAAGAUCAAAGCCUUCUCCAAGGAGGGCCUCGUGCUGCAGCCUCGGAAGGACCCAUCGGAGAAGGCCAAAGUGGAGGCAGCUGCAUUCCUCAAGAAGGCCAUGGAUUCGCUGCAGGUGCAGAUCGAUGAGUACGAGGCGGAGAUCGAGACCAUACCAGGUGGCAAGUCGGGCAAGAAGCUGAACGCCAAGGUGGUGGAGCUGGAGGGGCACGUCAGCAAGCAUGGCUGGCACAAGACCAAGCUUGAUCAGGUGCUGCGGCUGCUGGAGAACGAGGAGAUCGCCCCCGAGGACGUGGAGGCGCUCAGGGAAAGCAUCUCGUGGUACCUCGACAUGCACCAGGACGUGGACUACAUGGCGGACGACGGCCUGUACGACGACAUGCCCUUCCACAAGCUCUUUGGCAAACUCGCCGACGACGCCGCUGCCUUCUCCUGCAGUGCGCGCACGCCCACGGCGUCCAUGAGCCCGCAGGUCAGCGCCACGUCCUCGCCCUUCUCCGCUGCAUACGACUCCCCGCCAAAGGAUCUUGCCAGCCCUCACGUUGGGAAAGCAAAAGCGCGGCUGCCAUCCGCCAUGCCCAGUCCGCGCAAGGAACCCAGGCCCGACUCCUCUCCCCGCUCCCCAUCCCCCUCGCCCGCCCUGCACGCCCCCUCGCCCCUCAAGCCCUUCUCGCCGCUGCCCACUGCCAGCAGCAGCCCCCUCUCCCGGGCGCACAGUCCCCUCUCUGCUGCUCCGGAGCGCCACCUCUCAGCGUCGUUCCGUGCACACAAGGGAGCGGAUGAGGGGGAGGGGGCGGAGGAGGGGGAGGGGGCGGAGGAGGGGGAGGGGGCGGAGGAGGGCGUGGAAUCGAGAACCCGGGCGGAAGGAGAGGGGGGCGGGGAGAAGGGAGUGCAGGAGGAGAUGGGAGGGCGAGGCGUGGCGAAGGAGGUGGGUGGUGCGGGCGCGAAGGGGGCUGGGCUGGACGCUGAUGCGAAGGAGGCGAAGGAGGCGGCGCAGUCAUCGGCUCUUCUGAUCCAGCUGGGGGAGCUGGAGGGCGAGGAGAAGGCCAAGGGCGACGCGUGUGGGAAGACUGCUCCUGAGCCGUGUCUGGCAGCGGCUGUCAAACCAGCGAGUACGGAGGAUGAAGAGGACGCCAAGGAGGCUGCCCCGGGCAGCAGGGGGGACGCUGGGGGAAGGAAAGCCGCAAGGCAAGUCGCAGAGGGCAGUGUGGCAGAGAAGGUAGGCAGCAGCGCGGGUGCACCGGUAGGCAAGGGCGCGGAGAGGGGUCAGGGGGGUGCGGGGGAGAGGGAGGAGCGGCGGGAGAAGGAGGCGGGGGGGGCGGUGCGGGUCGACAUGGGCGGCAGCAUUGCGUUCCUGCGCUCGCUCACGUCCAUCCGCACCGCUGCUCUCGCUGCUGCUGCUGCCGCGUCCGCUGACUCCACCGCUGUUGCUGCUGCUGCUGCAGGCAGGAGAGGCGUGCUGCAGCUGCAGCAGCAGGGCAGGGGGCAGGUACUAGCUCCUGCACCCGCGCCUGUGAAGGAGCACCUCCCUGCCACUGCCGCCACUGCCGCGGCUGCUGCUGCAGGUGCUUCUGGUGCUGCUACUGGUGGUGUUGGAGUGGGCGUCGGUGGCAGGGGCGUUGGGGCACCGGGCAGGUUGGAGGAGGCAGCUGCUGCUCAUGCACGGCUCCAUGAGGGCACCCUGGCCCUCGCAUCGGACCUUGUGCUAUCCCGGCCCGCGUCCGCCGGCCCAUCCAGCCCCGUAUUAACUCCAGGCAAGGAGCCGUCGCUGUUGCUGCGCCCAGCAGCGUCCGCACUGACAGUGGACCUGCCGCACCUCCCGGACACCCUCCACGACUCUGCACCGCAACUCUCUGUCUCGUCUCGCCCCACCACCGCUGCUGCCAUCGUCCCGCCAUUCACCACGCCUGGGGGAGCUCUCGCCUCUCAGGACGCCCCCCUGCACCCUGGGGGGAUCAGGGCGCCUGUGCCAGGUGGGGCAUCUGUCGCAGGGGGCUUCGAUGGGAGGCAGCAGGUGGCAGCGGCAGCAGCCGUGGGAGGGCAGCAUGGGGUGCCCCUACUGGGAAGUGGGCAGGCGCCAGUCGUGCUACAGGGGGGACUGACUCUGGGAACAAGCCCCGGCCAGGCUCAGGGCCUCGUUUCUGCAGGUGCUGCUGCUGCUGCUGCCGGGGCUGGUGUGCCACUGGUGGCGGCAGCGGGAGCAUGGCCGCGGGCGCCUCUGGACCUGCCUGCUGCGCUGCAGCACGUGCCGCACAGCCUCUCGCGAGCGCUGCUGCAGAAACUCCAGCACCAGCACCUAAUGCAGCAGCAGCAAGCCGCAGCGCCACUGCUGGCCCAGCAGCAGCAGCAGCAGCAGCAGCAGCAGGUGCUGUUGCGGCAGUUGCCUGUGCACGCUGGUGCGCAGGGUGGUGGUGUGCUGCCGUCACUGCAGCAGAGCGUUCUGGCUCAACAGGCGCAGCAGAUGGCAAUGGCUUCUGACAGACACCAGCGGCUGCAGCAGCAGCAGCAGCAGGAGAGGCUCCAGCGUGAGCAGAUGUUGCAGGCAUCGCAGCUUCUCCAGCCGCAGCACCCGCUAGCAGCGCUGCCGGGGCAGGCAGUGCAAUCCGGCCCUGUGCUCCCCAAGCACCCCUCCCUCCCCGCACUUGACCGUGCACAGCCCCUGCCCUUGCCAGGGCUGCCCCACGGCCCGUCCCCUUCCCCCAUGCGCCCGCCUUCUGCGUGGGUUGUGCCUCUGGGCGGCAGCGGUGGCCCCUCCCCCUCCCCCUCCCCCUCCCCAUCCCCAUCCCCAUCCCCAUCCCCAUCCCCGUCGCUGCAGCAGGUUACUUCUCUCUCUGCUGCAGCGGCGGCUGCGGCUGCUGCUGCUGCUGGGCGCCCUGGUGAAAUGCAUCCCGGUGCUGCUGCUGCGUUUCGCGCUGCUGCUGGUGCGCAGAUGCAGCCAGUGUGGGGUAGAGGAGCAGGAGCAGCGGCACCAGCAGGACCGCUAGCCCCAGCCACAGCAGGAGCGGCAGCAGCAGGAGGGGCAGGGGUUGUGAGUGGGGCGGCCAGUGGAGUGUGGGGUUCCACCGCCCGAAGCCCGUCCCCAGGUGCAGCACCGUGGAUGGCGGAGAGGCGGCGGGAGCAAGAGCUCAGUGCGCUGCAGUGCGGCUUCCAGCAGAUGAGGGACCACGGGGCGGAGGACCGCGCGGAUAGAACCAGUGCGCCCAGUUUGAUGGUGCGGCCAUCGCGGCCGUGCCAGGUGCCGGCCAUGUGGCCGCACAAGCCCAUAGCGCCGGAGCAUGCAAGCGCGCUGUUCGAGCGCCUUGGCAUGGACGCCCUCUUCUUUGCCUUCUACUUCCAACAGAGCACGUACAUGCAGUACCUGGCGGGCAAGGAGCUUAAGAAGCAGUCGUGGCGCUUCCACAAGGGCUACAACACCUGGUUCCAGCGCCACAUCACACCCCCGGUAAUCACGGACGAGUACGAGCGGGGUGGCUAUGUGUACUUCGACUUCCACCUGCACGCACCCAACCUCACGGACGCAAACCCUGCUGCUGCAUCCACUGGCUGGUGUCAGCGUGUGAAGGAAGACUUCAUGUUUGAGUACCAACAUCUGGAGGAUGAGUUGGACACAUGACGCGUGGGUCAUGACACGUGGUGUGUGAUGUGGAGUUCUGCGCAUGUUAGGAUGUCUAAAAAACAUUUGCAUGAGUUGUGACGUGAGGUGUGAGUCGAUCCAUGCCCACGGGCCAACUUGCACAACAGUACGGCACAGCUGUGGCUGUGAGUUGUCCAUUUCCCACCACCCUAUAGUCUGCUUGAUAUAAUACACCUUUGACUGAGUG